AUGACAAGCUCCUCUUCUGACGAUGAAAGCGAUACCCAUCAUGAUGCCACUACUAGUAGUGAGAGCCUGUCAUCGUCAAACCCACUUCCUGCCAAAGUGAUUGUGACGGUGGGGACGUAUGAUGGCGUCGUGGCUGGAUGGGAAUUGAAACAGAACAAGAAAAACCAACGAAAACUGGAAAUUUCCUUUGCCACUCCCGUCCAUGGUGGAUCUGUUCGAUGUCUCUGUUUGGCAUCCCAACCCAAUAACAACCACUCUACAAACAACACUAUGCCAGGAUCCUUACUCUCCACGGGAUACGAUGAAAUGCUCAAGACACAUGAUUGGCAUCGUCGCCUCACAUCCUCGGGAGAAGUCAAGACUCCCAUGGAUUUUGGAACGCCUGUCGUUGCCUGCUUUGCGCCACCCCCACCUCCCAUUGCUACUUCUUCUGCUACAAGUAAUCAAAGUCACUCGACACACUGUUUGGUCGGAUUCAGCAGUGGCAAAUUAGUCAUUUACAAAAAACGAGAUUGGUCCGUCCAACACGUCUUGGCAGGGCAUGUCGGAGGUCUCGCCAGUGUCGCCGUGCAUCCAUCGGGAAAACUCGCACUGACGGGAGGACAUGCCGAUGGAAAACUCAAAUUGUGGGAUUUGACCAAAGGACGACUUUCCUUUGUCACUUCCAUCCAAACAAAGAAUCCCAUCGUGUCGCUGGCGUGGAGUCACGAUGGCAGUUUAUAUGCGUUUUGUCAUGGAUCGCACAUUACUGUGCGCGAUGUGGAAACCGGAGAGGAUUGGUGUCAUGUCGAAUUGCCCAGUCGUGUCAAUCAACUCGCAUUGAUACAAGGGCAUCAAGGGAUUUUUGUAGCGGCUGCGUGCAACGAUGGAUCAUUGCCUGUAGUGGCCGUCAAGACAAUCCACGAUGACACUAUUAAAAACGCCGAAGCACGAAGGGCUAUCAUGGCCAUUGAACCUGUCGAAGGACCUGUGGCGGGGGAAGAACGAUACAAGUGUAUCUGUACCGUGGCCGGCUAUUAUGUGGCUACGGCCAAUAGUGCCGGUGUCAUUUCCCUCAUGAAUUUGCAAGGGGCCAUUACUAUGAUGAUGACAGACAAUGACAACAAUGACAAUGACCAAGAGAAUCCCGACAAUAAUGACGAGAAUCCAGCAGGAUCGGAUAGUGACAACGAUGACGACCAAGAAGAAAUGGCAGUCGACAUUAUUGAUGCCGUACAAUUAGGAACUGGAGCCAGGGUCACUUGUCUCGUGGCGUGGGCUUGUCAGGACGAUGAUGAACCACAAGAAGAACACGACAACGACGAUGAUGAAUCACAAGAGGAAGAAGUAAUGAAACCCAAAGAAACCAACAACAAGCAGCAAGAACAGGAGACUACCACGGACAAGAAGAGAAAAUUGGGUGGCAAUCGACAAGAUCUGGAAAUGGAUCCAAAAGAGGUGGAAAAGGCAAGAGCACUCGUCGCCAAGGCCAAAAAGAUGCAAAAGAAAAAAGACUCCAAGAAGAAUAAGAAACGGAGAAAAGUUGCUCCAGGGGAAUGA